GGUUGAAGAACCCGUCGGUCACAUGUGAGUGUAGAUAAAUAUAUUAGUUUUAUCGUGUUCCUCCUUUUCUUAAGUAAAUUAACUUUUUUCAUCACACCUUCCUGUAAAAAAAUCUCACACAAUGAGUGAUAUUGAGGACACACAUUUUGAGACCGGAGACUCUGGUGCCUCCGCUACCUUCCCUAUGCAAUGCUCGGCUCUACGCAAGAACGGAUUUGUUAUGCUUAAAGGACGUCCAUGCAAAAUUGUUGAAAUGUCUACCUCCAAGACUGGAAAACACGGCCACGCUAAAGUUCACCUUGUUGGAAUUGAUAUAUUUAAUGGAAAGAAAUAUGAGGAUAUCUGCCCAUCCACCCACAACAUGGAUGUUCCACACGUUAAACGUGAGGACUACCAGCUCACAGACAUCUCCGACGAUGGCUACCUCACUCUCAUGGCGGACAACGGCGACCUACGUGAAGAUCUCAAGAUCCCUGACGGCGACCUUGGUACACAGCUGCGCGCCGAUUUUGAUGUUGGCAAAGAGUUGUUGUGUACCGUGCUCAAGUCUUGUGGUGAAGAAUGUGUGAUUGCAGUCAAGGCAAAUACGGCUCUGGACAAAUAAACCACUUCAGCAUUUAUAGGGACUAUAACAUAUUAUAAUUUUUUUACAAUCAAACAACUCUUACAUAAAUGUAAAACAUAAUAUUAUGUAUAAUUUAACAUGAGAAUGGGUGGUCUGACCGGGCUUGCCAUCAGUGAAUGCCAUAUUAAUACUUCGAUCUAGAUAUAUAUCAUAUCUGGGUUUCAUCCAUCAAAAACUUCAUUUCUGGUGGUGAAUUAAAUUUAUUGCGGGUAUGAUAUUAUAUGUUGUGACAUGUGUUGUUGAUAAAAUAUAAACUACUUGAUGUGCAAGUGCAGGCUAAGCUGAAUGUACGUCCUGUCAGAUCACUUCUGUAAAUUCACGUUUGUUUUGUUUUGUUUGUUCUCUUUUCGCUUAUCUAUCUUAACAUUGAUUUGCGAAUGCUGGUAUUGUUGAUCAAUUCAGUGAGACUCCUCGUAAUUAAUAUAAUUGUUUUAUAGAUAUUUAACCGUACGAAAAGAUGGACGCAAACUUGAAGUUACUACCAUACUUUGAUGCUAAAUUAAUAUACAUAUAAAAUAAAGAAGAAAGGAAAAUUCUUAAAAAAAAUAGAAAUAAAGGAAAAUUUUUUGAAUGUGGUGUGUGAUUGAUUGGUCCUUUACUCGAAAUGGGACGCCUCGCGUCUACCUUUCCCUUUUGGUGUAACACUUGCCAGUCUUUUGACAGAUCUAUAUAUUUUUAUUCAAAUUUUUCAGCUAUAAUUUUGUAAUAGUGAUGAGACUGAACAAAGUCACCCGUUGUCUUCAGUUAAGACUGAAUUUGCAUUUUAUAGAAAACUAGGUUGAAAAUACUAUUUAUACUAGAAAGACUUUCUUUCCUUGCUCUCUGAUCAUCUCUGAUGAAUUUUAUGGCAAGUGUUGCGUAGAAAGGUUUUGUGUAUAGGGUAAAACUUAGUGUACGGACUCCUAACAUCAAUUGUCAAAGACGGUUAUAAGAGAAAUUAAUGUAAGAAUGUAAGGUAAGGCCCUAUAUUGAGAGAUAUUUUUUUAUGCAUUCAGAAUUAUUUCAUCGCAUUUAGAAUUAACUGUAACUAGUGGACAGUGUCAUCAUCACCGAUUCGCGUAUUGUACAUUAUUUUGUCGAAAUUGCAUAAUCGUUAUUGUUGGUUUUUUAUACUUAAACAGCUUGUAAUCAGAUUUUUAAAUAAAAUACAAAGUAUUUGUACUGACAUCAGGUGGUGUUAAUAUAAUACUUUGUCCUGAUAAAACAGUUUUCAUUUGGGAACCUAUUUUCGCAAGCCAGUCAAGAAGCUGCUUAACAAUAAGUAAUAAGUAUUGCUACUACUGAGUUUUAAUAUAUUAUUGUUUCCCAACCUCGGAAGAAAUCGAUUCCUAAGAAUAAUUUUGAAUUAAUAUAUUGCUUCUGUGCAAAUUAUCCUGAAUUUAAACAACAGGUAGGUACCUAGAACAAUUAAUUUGGGGUACCUUAAUAAUAAUAUUGCUGUAGCCAGACAUGUUUUUUUUAAAGAAUAGUGCUAUUUACAUCUAAGCCUUGGAAUAGUGAUAGGUAUAUUUUAUUUAAAAAUUGUCUAGUAGCUUACGUUUAUUUGACUUUAAAAUAGUUACGGUAUGUAUGUUAAGUGUUCAAGAAUUAAGCAAGCGACAAACAAAUCAAUCAUUUGAAUGGAUGUAAGAAUUAAAAACCUAACGCAUUUUAGUUAUGUAUGUAGAUAAUGUUGUACUUCAUAUUAUAAUUCUACCGAAUUACAGAAAUUACUGUAUACCUACUUAUUGAAACAGUCAUUCGAAAUAAAAAUCUACAAAAAAUA